AUGGAAAGAACAAGCCCUGUCCCCAUCCCAUUCCCAGGGCGGCCGCUGCACCACACCCUCCCCCCAGCCCCCGAGGUCCGGAAGCCAGGCGAGGAGCCCAGGAAGCCUCUGGAUCACGGCCCCCCUUUGGGACAGGUGCGGCCCCAUUUUACAGCUCAGGACACCAAGAGCGCAGAGGAUGAAUGUCCUUCCAGACACCCAGGGAAGCAGCGGCCCGGCUCAGCACAGGUGGGCGGCGGACACAACGCCCUGCGAGGCCGGAAGACACAACACAGCGUUCACACGGUGACCUGUCAAUCACCCCAGCAGAAAGAAGCCCGGUCUCCAAAUCCACCCCAGGCUCAGGAGCACCCUGAAGAGCUCGUUCACCACUCGCACAGCUCCUCCUCCUUUGCCAGCGGCACCCUCCAGGACACGUGGAGGUUGCUAGACCUGGGAUCCAGCCCCUCUGGCCUCACCUCCCAUGGUGACUCAGCUCCAGAGCUCCCAGCUCCUCCAGCAGCCGAUAGGAGCCCCAUCAAGAUGCAGGUGGGCUUUGCCACCCCAGGGAUGAAGACGGCAGCGCAGGCAAAGGCCAAGCCCACAGGAGCCUCCCGGUCUCAUCCUGCAAAAGCUAAAGGCUGCCAGAGGCCCCCCAAGAUCCGGAACUACAACAUCAAGGACUGACUUCCUCGACCCCCCCCACCACCCGCCACUUGGCAUGAGUGCCUGUGCUUUCACCUACGUGUUGAGGGUGUGUGGGCGCAGGAUGCAGGGUGGGGCAGGGAGCUGCAGGGAUGCUGCUGUGGCAACCUGCUGACCAUAGGCCUCGCUGAGCGCAGGGUCCAUUAAAACCAGGCUCCUCCCUGGGGCACCUCCUUGGCCGCAG